GCGAGAGAAGCCGGGAGAGGCGCGUUCUUCUUUCGCGUUUUGGAUGGCCUUUCUUCAAACUCAAGUGAACGCCGACGAAACUGCGUCUGCGCUGAGGACGCGGAGGAGCAUCUGCGGCUGUCGCAGCGACUGAAAGAUGCAGCGCGCGGGUGGCGGACGAGACAGAGAGAUUGAAGGAUUGAGAGAGAAAAGCCUCUUUCACAGAAACGAUAUUUAUUUCUUCCUGGAUAGGCUUUAUGAUCAAUUGUACAGCUAACAGGGUUCCUCCUUCCUGAGAAUCCGCGGAGGGUCUCGGAUUUGCUCGCUCAUCUCGUUGAUGCAUCUUGAAACUCUCGCGGUGUCUCGACACCUCAAAAAACUCAUUUUUCCUCUCCAUUCUCGUGCUGCAUCAAAAAUUCGCUUUCUCUCUUUCGCCCGCCUCUCAGUCUCUCCUCCACGCCUCCAAAGAUAGUGUCCAUUCUCCCUCCUCUUCUUCCUCUGUGCUUCUUCCUCUUCGUCUUCUCCCUCCUCUUCUUCCUCUGUGCUUCUUCCUCUUCGUCUUCUCCCCUUCUUCUUCCUCGCUCUUCCCCCUCUUUGUCCUCUUCCCUUCUUCUUGCUCAUGGUUUUCCCUCUUUGCGUCGCCUCGCCGUCCAGGCUCUCCUUUCGACGCGAGGGUCUCCGUUUCAGCUUCGAGUCCGUCGCGCGUUCCUCCCUGGGAAGUACAGAGAGAACAGAGCAACAGGAGAAAACGUAGUCAGUGUCGGAGAGGUCUUUGAUGUCCUUGGCAUUAUCCAGUUCGAUGCAAGCGCUUCAGGAGACAGCAGCCUAUGCUUUUUUCUCCGGCUUCGCACACAAGCAGAUCUCGUUCAGAUGCCGCGAGAAAAUGGGGGAAAACUGUCUACACGAUCCCCCGGACAUGAGCGCAGCUCUUCAGUCUCGUUCGUUUCGCAGUUCUCCGGCCCAUGCUUUGUCCCCCCCUCGUUCUGCUUCUUCCUCUCCUCCUUGUCUUUCUCCUUCUCGCUCGUCUUCUACCGGGGAUGUGAUGCAGGUUUGGCGGCCUUCCGUAUCUGCGAGUUUUCCCCUCGCGCGUCCUUCGUCGCGCCUUCGUCCGACGCACCACGGGUUUUUUUCGGCUUUCAGCUUUUCUCUCGUUUGUCGACGGCGGCGACGCCGCUCUGCCGGUUUUCUGCUCUGUCUCGCGUUCCUCUUUCUCCCCAGUCUUUCUGCUCUAGCGCGCAUACCCCGACCAUCCCCAGCGUUCCUUUCGCGUCCUGCCUUCCCUUUGCUGUCUCCUUCCUCUUCCUUUGUCUUCGGUCCUUCGGAAGCUUUUCUCGACUCGGGUGUCUAUACUCCGUGGCACACCGUCGCUGGGCAACAUUCCUGGCCUCCUCAGCGGGGGGACUCGACCUCGCCUCCUCCUCGCGUUCCUCUUUCUUCGCGUCUUUCUCUCUUUUCCGCGCUCGCCCUCGAGCCUUCCUUCUUCUCCCCCUUCAUUGCCCUGCCGUCUUCUUCCUUGUCGUCUUUCGCGUCGUCUUCGUCUCUCUGUUCUUCUUCGGCUCCCUGUUCCUCUUCGGCUCCCUGUUCCUCUUUUCCCUGUUCUUCUUUGCCCUUUCGUACGUCUUCCUCUUCCUCUCUGUCUCCUUCCUCUUCUUUUUCGCGGGGAUGCUCUUUUCGCUGUGAACUGCCUCCGCCGGGGGUGUCUCGGUCGUCCGACCUCCUCUCUCGAGACGGCGCAUGCAGUUCGAGAGCAAGGACCUCUUCUGGAGGCGAUACGACGCUUCGCGCCUUCACCAUCUUCGUCAAUCCGGACACAGCUCCAAAAAACAAAGACGCGAUUGCCAAUACCUACAGCCGCAUGUGCGUCGCGGAGGGACAUGUUCGUCGUAUCCGAGAGAAUCAGCGCAGAGUGAAGCGUGUGACGCGCGGCGAGGGCGGGAGCUUCUUGGUACUGAAGCGGAGAAGACAACUUUACUGGGCGAGACGACAUGCGCGCGAAGUCGAGAAGAAGGUGGACUGGGCUGCGGUCGCGCAGCUUCGAUGUGGACAGCUCAAGAGACUCAUGGAGGCGCUCGACAGCAACGCCGCCCUCGAGGCGAGGCGCCAGCGCGAAGCCCGCGAGCAAAGAGGAGACGCGACAGCUGACUCGGAGGACAGACGCACAGAGAGAUAAGGGCAACGGCGGCGGAACGCCGGCGCAAGAAGCGGGGACUUCCAGAGGCUCGCAAAAAAGACGGCGAGGCACAAGGAAGACAAGAAAGGAGCCAAACAGAGAAAGAGAUAGAAAGAAAGAGAGAAAGAGAAGAGUAUGACACAGAAGAACAAGAGGUGAAAGGAAAGGAAGGAAGGCAACAUACGACGAGGGUGUGUCAGGGAAAACGCGACAAGCGGGAAGGGAUUCGUUUCUCGAAGGAACAAGCUGUUCUGUUGGUCCUCGGUUCUUUUUGUCUUGCUUUUUGCUCCGUCCUUCCUUCUUGACAUGUCACGAUUUUGUCUCAUAUAUUGCCUCUGAAGCUGAAAUGCAGCGGUUCUUUUCAUUCUCGUCCUCUCUCGCGGUUUUCUCUCACUGCGGUCUUCGAACCUGACACAGAGGCGCUUCGACCGGCACCGUCGCUCGUGGACUUCGCGAGGAACGCAUUUGACAUUUAGAUAUUUUUGCCAAGACUGGCGUCGCUUUUUGUCUCCGUGGUACCGCGCGCCUUCUGAUGACUGGCAAAGCCUUGCGUUACUCUGCGGCUUCUCUUUUAGCUCUCGAAAGUGAUGUUUGCACUGUUCGUCGAAAGGCGGCAUGUGCGGUGUGGAGUCCGCGUCUUCUCGCUCGUCCUUUUGCGCAGAGCCAGUGUUUCGGUCUUUUUUCCUCAGUUUCGUUUCGGUUCCUCCGCAACCGCGCUCGGAUUGUGGUCGGCCGAGACAAAAACGCGAAGGGAAGUCAGGAGGCGACAUCCGCCUCUCUCCUCACUGCGACGGAUGGCCUGCUAGCGCCACAAGGCAGGUGUAGAUACACCGCCUCCUCCGUAGAGACAGGCGUAGCCAGCGUUAGCGCGGAGAGCAAAACCAUUCGCCUUCGAUGGCCAAGAAUUCGACUGCGGAUGACUCUCAGUUGACCAGAUGUCUGGCGAAAAGAACACCGUUUCCAGACAUCCCGAACCUGGGUGCCUCAGUGCUGUCCCAAAACAAGAGUUCUCGACGGGCCAAGAGACCCCAACAAACAGCUCCACCCUCAGUCCCCGACGACGCAUGCACCGACACCAAUUGGUCACAUGAAGAAACCUUUCUUUCCACGACGCCUUUCAACGUCCCCCAAAGCAUAUUCCAUAUGCCAUAUAUCUAGC